AUGGUGCUCCUCCAAGUGAAACGUGGCGACGAGACCCUCUUCCUGUUCGAGACGAGCAUCAAUGAGCAGACGGAUACGGUAAUCCGCGAUUUGGUGGCCAUCCACAACGGUCAGCAGAAGAUUCAACGCAUCUGCAUGGAAAUUGAGGAGCUGGCCGAGCACGGCACCAUGCUGCCAAGCGAAAUGAUUGGCCUGAACGAGGACCAGAUCGAGGAGCUGAAGCUUAAGGAUGUUUGGGCCGAUAAGUGCAUACCAUCUGGCGGGUUCACCUUCAACAAGGAUCCAUUGUUACGUCGCAACGGCCAGCAGCCGUCGGAGGCUAUGCAAAAGGUUCUAGCAGGUGCCAUUACCGAUGCCAAGGCUAUGAUAGAUCGGAAACUGGCCAAAUCCUCGAAAUAUUUGACCCUCAAAAUGAUAGAGGAGGCCAUAAAUCUAUUACGUGGAGCCGUAACCAUUGUUUAUCCUAUGCAGUUGCCACCACACGAUACCAUUCGCAUGGAGUUCACCAACACCGAGGAUCUAUCAGGCACCCAAGCCUCCAAGGAGGUAAUUGAGCCCUCAAAGGCACAGCUCUGGUUUGCUGGACGGCAGAUUUUGACAGGGAAACUCCUGAAGGACUAUUUGGGAAACAACGACAAGACCAAGGUGUUGGUGAAGCUUAAUCAAUUGGGAGAAGGACCACCAGCACGCGAGGCUCCGAUUUCAGAACCAAUACGACGCCAGAUGAUGGCCGAGGCCUUUCGCCGCCAAGAGGAGCUCAAGGCGCAUCUGCUGGAACUGUUGUAG